AUGUUAAGGGACAAAGGAUCUGGUGUUGACGGCGAAAUGUUAAGCGACAAAGGAUCUGGUGUUGAUGGCGAAAUGUUAAGGGACAAAGGAUCUGGUGUUGACGGCGAAAUGUUAAGCGACAAAGGAUCUGGUGUGGACGGCAAAAUGUUAAGAAACAAAGCAUCAGGUGUGGACGGCAAAAUGUUAAGAAACAAAGGAUCAGGUGUGGACGGCAAAAUGUUAAGAGACAAAGGAUCUGGUGUUGAUGGCGAAAUGUUAAGAGGCAAAGGAUCUGGUGUGGACGGCGAAAUCAAAACGGAAAGAGACAAAGGAUCUGGUGUGGACGGCGAAAAGUUAAGAGACAAAGGAUCUGGUGUUGACGGCGAAACGUUAAGAGACAAAGGAUCUGGUGUUGAUGGCGAAAUGUUAAGAGACAAACGAUCUGGUGUGGACGGCGGAAUGUUAAUAGACAAAGCAUCUUGUGUGGACGGCAAAACGGAAAGAGACAAAGGAUCUGGCGUGGACAGCAAAAUGUUAAGGGACAAAGGAUCUGGUAUGGAUGGCGAAAUGUUAAGAGACAAAGGAUCUGGUGUGGACAGCAAAAUGUUAAGAGAGAAAGGAUCUGGUGUUGACGGCGAAAUGUUAAGGGACAAAGGAUCUGGCGCGGAUAGCAAAAUGUUAAGAGAGAAAGGAUCUGGUAUGGACGGCGAAAUUUUAAGAGACAAAGGAUCUGGCGUGGACAGCAAAAUGUUAAGGGACAAAGGAUCUGGUAUGGAUGGCGAAAUGUUAAGAGACAAAGGAUCUGGCAUGGACAGCAAAAUGUUAAGGGACAAAGGAUCUGGUAUUGAUGGCGAAAUGCUAAGAGACAAAGGAUCUGGUGUGGACGGCGAAAUGUUAAGAGAGAAAGGAUCUGGUAUGGACGGCGAAAUGUUAAGAGACAAAGGAUCUGGCGUGGACAGCAAAAUGUUAAGAGGAAAAGGAUCUGGUGUGGACGGCGAAAUGGACAAAGGAUCUGGUGUGGACGGCGAAAUGUUAACAGAGAAAGGAUCUGGUAUGGACGGCGAAAUGGUAAGAGACAAAGGAUCUGGCGUGGACAGCAAAAUGUUAAGGGACAAAGGAUCUGGUAUGGAUGGCGAAAUGUUAAGAGACAAAGGAUCUGGCGUGGACAGCAAAAUGUUAAGGGACAAAGGAUCUGGUAUUGAUGGCGAAAUGCUAAGAGACAAAGGAUUUGGUGUUGACGGCGAAAUGUUAAGAGAGAAAGGAUCUGGUAUGGACGGCGAAAUGUUAAGAGACAAAGGAUCUGGCGUGGACAGCAAAAUGUUAAGGGACAAAGGAUCUGGUAUGGAUGGCGAAAUGUUAAGAGACAAAGGAUCUGGUGUGGACGGCGAAAUGCUAAGAGAGAAAGGAUCUGGUGUUGACGGCGAAAUGUUAAGGGACAAAGGAUCUGAUGUUGACGGCGAAAUGUUAAGCGACAAAGGAUCUGGUGUGAACGGCAAAAUGUUAAGAAACAAAGGAUCUGGUGUUGACGGCAAAAUGUUAAGAGAGAAAGGAUCUGGUAUGGACGGCGAUAUGUUAAGAGACAAAGGAUCUGGUGUGGACGGCGAAAUGUGA